CCCUAAUUUCACCAAAAUCCUCCGCAAUAGGCAGAACCAGCACCAGUUUGUCCAGAUCUGGGAAGCACUCUGCAUAUUUGCCUAGCCACUAGAGCAAAACAAGAAGCUGUUACUUACCAUAAACAAACCCAUUCCAUAAAAAGAUUUCAUUUCGUGGCGACCGUGAUCCACGUGUCCGAAGUGCGUCUGACCAACUGGAUGCUUUCUGGCUCUCUUCGCAGAAAUUGUCCAUCUAAGACUAAUAAGCCGCGUUUUACUAAAACCACGUCUACAUUUGCAUCAUCUCCAUCUAGAGACUUAGCCCUUAAGCCAAAAAGUCCACAAAAACACAUAAACAAAACACGUAAGCAGCGAAGAGGCUCCAUGUACUCAUAGAAAGUCGUACAGUCACCGAGUCAUUCGUGCUUUCUCUCAAUCGUCGUCAUCUCGUAAAGGAGCAAACGAUCCAGGGCUCGUUUGUUGGGUUGUGCCUGGAAUUAUACAGAAGAAAGAAGGCGAUAUGGGAAGAAAGCUCGAUGCUUUGCUCGGAAGGACUUUCAAGACCUCCAAGCUCAAACCACUUUUGAAUCUUGCUCUGUCUCGCCUUGCUGUCCUCAAGAACCUGCGCCAGGUCAAGUUCUCCCAAGCCCGCUCUGAUGUUCUUCAGCUCCUCCAACUUGGUCACCAUGAACGAGCUCUUCUUCGGGUGGAGCAGGUGAUUAAGGAGCAGAAUAUGUUGGAUGUGCUUGUCAUGAUAGAGCGUUACUGCAACCUCGUGAUUGAAAGGGUUCACCUCAUUGAACAAGAAAGAGUAUGUCCUGAUGAACUGAGGGAGGCAACGUCGAGUUUGCUUUAUGCGGCUUCAAGAUGUGGGGAUUUCCCAGAGCUUCAAGAGAUUCGUACGGUUCUCACCUCUCGUUUUGGCAAGGAAUUUGCUGCUCGUGCCAUUGAAGUGCGCAACAAUUGUGGAGUCAACCUUACGAUGAUGCAAAAACUGUCAACUAGGAUGCCAGUUUUGGAGAUCAGAGUGAAGGUGCUCAAAGAAAUUGCUGCAGAGAACAGCAUUGUUCUGCAGCUGGAGGAAACUACUUCUGUUUCCACUGAGGAGAAGUUGGAUGUGAACAAGAAUCAAAACCAGGCUGCACCAAACCCACCGGCCAGUUCAAGUGGCACGGCAUCAGCGGAUAAUUUGCAGGCUCUCUCUCAAGAGACAGAAAAAGAUGAUAGGUUCUCUGGUUCACUUAAGAACAGGAAAUACAAGGAUGUAGCUGAUGCUGCUCAAGCAGCUUUCGAGUCUGCAGCUUAUGCGGCAGCAGCUGCAAGAGCAGCAGUGGAACUGUCUAGGUCUGAAUCUCAUGAUCCUGAUGAUCAAAAUAGUCCCGGUAGUAAACGAGGAAUUUUAUCUGACAGAUAUGAGUCCUUUAAAAGUGAAUCUGAAUCACAAAAUGAGCAAAAUCGAGGUGAAGAAUUGAAGAGGUCAACAUCUUCUUCAAGUUUAGAUUCAGAUGGAGAUGCCAUGGUCCAUGCCAGUCUUUCAAGGAAGGAUAUAGCGUUUGAUGAGAGUGAGAGUGACAAUGAACGAAGUGCCAUGCCCCCAUCUCAUAAGCAAAUUCCUUCAAGGUUUCAAUCUGGGCUGAAGGUUGAGUCAGCACAUGCUGCUGGAGGGUCUGGAAGGCAAAGCCCACCAAGAUUGAACAUAGAGAAGGCACCAUUCUCUCUGAGGACAAGAGGGGUGCGUGGGUACUGAGAAUCAUUAGUCUUGUUUGUUGGUUUUGCUAAUAAAUUAUGUCGUCUAUAAAUUUGAUUGUUUCUUGAUCUUU